CUCAUUUGUUUUUUUUUUUUGCACACUCGUCCUUACACCACAACCCCAACAAGUUUAAUAGAAUGCGUGUUUCCAUCCUCACAGACCAGGGCGACAUCCAUACCAUCGAGGUCGAUUCACAAAUGGAACUCGAAAACAUCAAGGCGCUUUUAGAAGCUGACUGUAAUAUCCCAGCGGAUGAACAAGUUCUUUUGCACAACAAUAUCGAAUUACAAGAUCCUAAAUCAACGUUGGAGGCUAACAGCAUUGCCCCAGACGACAUCCUGACCCUUCAAAGACGUUCCAAGAAGCAACGCACCAACAUUGCAGCGAUCAACACUGGUUCCGGAGCUGGGCCCUCUGUUCAUCCAGGACAGAUAGCUCAGGGAGGUGGAGAUCCUCAUAACGCAGAACAAAUUCGUCAGCAUGUCAUUAGUAAUCCAAGCAUGCUCCGACAAUUGCGUGAGACACAACCAGAGCUUGCAGAUGCCGCGCAAAACAAUCCCAAUAGGUUUCAUGAAAUGAUACGGGAAUUGGAUGUUCAGCGUCGUAGUGCAGAAAUGGCCCGACUUCAAGAAAUUAACCAAUUGAACGCGGACCCAUUUGAUUUGGAGGCACAGAGGAGGACAUUCAGUCAUUGAUGGCGCUCGGUGCCUCACGUUCUGAAGUUGUUGCAGCCUUAGAUGCUGCAGGAGGCAACGUGGACAUUGCCGCUAGUUUCUUGUUCUGAGGUACAAGUCCAUUAUUGAGCAUUACAGUUCAAUUUUUUUACACUCUUUACUAGAAGAUUUUUAAAUAUUUUUUUUAAAUAUAUAUAAAAAAAGGCGG